AUAUACCAACGUGAUAAAUCUAUAAGAAAAACAGUCAAAAUUAUAGGAGUAUAUUCUUCUCCAGAGAAAGCAUUUGAGUUUUGCUGGAGCUCGUUCGCGGAUGAACACACACUUAGCCAAAAUCGAUCAGGAGACACGUAAAAUUGAAUAAAUUUGCAUUUGGAACCCCAUCACUACCGGAUUUACUAUGUAAACAUUGAUUUACGUUAAUAUAUAAUCAUUAUGGUAGUUCAAAACACUUAUUAUCAUUUAUAUCAAAAAAAUCAUUUACACGAUUUGGAUUGUCCAAAUGUUUUGACGAGCGUUUUAGUUACUGUGGAUAGGAAAACUGCACGCUAUUCAUCGCAUUCAAUACAGCAACGUAGUUAAAAAUCAAAUAUCUUUCGUCUCCUCCCAGAGGUUUUGAAUAGGUCCUGAAUCUAAUUCGUCCCCACAUUUAUAAAAACACCACGCACAAACACAGGAGAAGCUAGGAGGGUGAGAAAUGAUUAAAUGGGUCACUUUUAAAAAGCCGAGCCAUAUUUCAUGCAAACGGUUCGCCAGGAAGGAAAGGGUGAAUCAUAAAAAACGCUGGCUCGCCCUCCAUGGUUGGCUCAAGUAGUCGAGUAACCCUUUUAUCCGCGGCAAGGUUUCUCCACGUUAAUAACGUUUACACCCUUUGGAUGGUACAAAUGUUUUGACGAGCGUUCUAGUUACUGUGGAUAUGAAAAAAAUGCACUCUGCCUAUUUAUCAAUACAGCAACGAAGUUAAAAAUCAAAGGUCUUUCUUCUCCUCUUAGAGAAUAAGGUAAGCCCCAUCACGGCGUUUUGACUUAGACAUCCACUUACCUAAAGGAAAAAUGUUUUUUAUUAAGAUGACAUUUAUGUUACUAAAACCCAUGAAACUGUUUUUAAACUCGUUAUCCUGCCUUUUUUCGUAUAUCUUGCAGUUUGCUUUAUCUUGUUGGACGCAUAAUGCGAAAAGGUGUAUUACCUUUGUUGAUGCUGGCGAUCCUUGCUGUAACGGCGAAUGCUAAGCCUCGUCCCAAGGUAAGUCAUGAGUUUAGCCAGUCCAAUUGCUGACGCGAAACGAUGUAAGAAAGAUCCCAUCAACAAGUAAUAAAAUUCUCCGUUUCCGGGCUUUUUAACAAUAAAUAUACAUACAAAAAUAAUAAUCAAUCUUUUUUCAGCCUACUUUACUUAGAUGUUUUACAAUAGGGUCCUGAGAAAACGAAAUAAAUAAAUAAAUAUAAAUGUAAGCAAAACAGCAACAAGAAAAACCAGUUAAAUAACUAUAAAAAUUACUACUAAAAACUAAAUAUCCUCCCUCAAUCCUAAACAUACAAAUCUGAGAUUAUUUUAAUAGAAUGAUGCUAAAACUACUAAAUAUAAAUAUUUAUAAAUAUAAAUUACGGUAAGCUAGCCUCCCUCCCCUUUAUAAGCUUCUCAAAAGUAAGAAUAUCCCGGCCCAGCUUCUGCGUGUAUCAUGAUUCAAAUCAUUCCAGUCAUUACUACAUGUAGCAAAAUUAAUUUAUGUCCAAUGGCUCCAUUUGCGCUUAGCAUCAGUCUAUAAACGUAUGUUGAACUUACAUCUGGAAUUAUACUCAUGAAAAUCUUGAUGAUAUCUUAGAUCAAUCCUAAGUGAGAAAAUGUUGUUCCUACAUUUAUAAAUGAAUAUUAAACCAUGCAACUUUCUUCUUAUCUUGAGAUUUACCCAGGAAAGCCUCCCUAAGGCAGCACUUGCAUGCAGACGAUCGAUAAGAAAGGUCUAAGAUGAUACGUGCAGCUUUGUUCUGUAAUACUUGCAAACCUGUACAUGUAGUGACAUUAAAGACUCAUUACCCCGAUCCCUCCUGACUAUGUCAGCAAUUUGAUAGUCAAACAAGGGCAAAAUAUAACAAUUAAAAAAUAAAAUCCUACAAUGAAAUGGCAAAUAGUUCUUGAGAGCGGCGCCGCGUAACUAUCAACUAGACGUGGAAAUAGUCAAAAAAUGACCUGGCCUCAAACUCAGCCAGAAUAAAGCCUUUAUGGGCCCUAGUUACAAAAUGGUUGGUUUAAGUGCGAUCGAGUGAAUAAAUUUUUUUUAACGAUUGUUUUUCUUCUCGAGGCCUAAAAUGGGCAAAAAUCAUGCGAAAUUAGAGUCAAAUUCAGUGGCUCGUAUGUUUUAAAAUAAAGUUGGCUAGUAAAAUAUAAGGACACUUCAUAUUUUUACUGUCUUUCCUCUAAAAUUUUAACUAAUUAGUUCGCGGUUUGGUCAACAAGAGAUAUUUUAAGAAAAUGUCAAGCUCGUUGACUCAAAAUCGCUUAAUCAACGGUCAAAAUUUAGCACUUUUUCACCAGCUAAAAUAGCGGACGGGCACAUGGCUUUCACCACCAGGGCAGAGCAUUAUUUUUUCUUCAAAUUAGUGAAAUAAAAUUUGGGGGCAAAUGAAAUUACGAGUGCUAACCUGAAGCGAAGCAAAUGUAAAUGUUACACUAAAAACGGGCGUACAAACGUGACCUCUGAUCCCCCCCGGAGGGGGAAAGGGGUGGGGUACUUUCAGAAAAAUUGGGUGGGGUGUGGCCCACGCUUCCUGAAAUCCUUACCCUAUUUCGGACCAUUAUACUACUACAUGAGAAAUUUCUGCAAUCUGAUUGGCUUAGAGCAGUAGUAUUUCAGGUUAAUUUGAAAUACCUACAUGUGAAAAUUACAAACCUUUUGUAGGUAGUAGUAUAAACAAAUAAUAGCAUAAUUUGUACGUGAUAUUCGGCAUAAAUACCACUUAUGAUAUUUCAAAAUUGUCUCAAAUUUCACUCGCCAACGGCUCUUAAGAUUACGUAUAACAAUUUUGAAAUAUCACUCGUGGUAUUUAUGCCAAAUAUCACUACAAAUCAUGCUAUUACCUAUACAAAUCUGUGUUUUUCCCUACUCUUUUUCAGACCUGAUUAAAAAUUCGAUACCCUAAUUCAGACGGGAUUUUUAACAAAAUCGGUGAUAUCCUUUAAAAAAAAGCGUUGGAAGUUUCAGAUUGCUAUAAAAUUAAAAGUUACGAGAAAAUACUGGGUGAAAGGCAGAAUACAUGCAAGUCCAGAGAGAAAAGAAAAAACAACUUUCUGUUCAAAGUCGGGUAAGAAGACUGAAGCAAGAAGACUGAACUUGAUGAAGGUUGUUCAUUUAAGGUGGCUCCCGAGAGUAAAUUGGCGGUGCGCAGCCUGAGCCUGGUGUGUACCUUUUAAGUACCGACAAAAUGCUGUGAGAAGCUAUAGCCGUUCGUAGCUCAGGCUUAACCAUUUUCUGAUAAAAGUAGGUAAAUGCCAGGAGGAAGGGUAGUUCUUUAAUUGCAGCUGUACGAGUUACGAUUAAGUUAUUUUAAUGAUAAGGCUAGAAUUAAUUAUUGUAAACCUCUUUCAGUUUGCCAAUAAAUAAAUAUUAAAUAGAUAAAUAAAUAAAAAGCUCUUCAUUAGGUUCCAAAAAACAAACGUUCUGGAUUACAAUAGGCAAUUAAAUAAAAUUGAAGAGGCAUCUAUUAAUAAAACAGCGUUUAAAACGUUCGGUCCUAAUCUGAGAAAGUAUGUAGGAAUGACCACGAUUCCUUAGCAAACUUGUUUUACUGGGUGGGAGGAGAUCUACCAAAGGGCCUUCAGUAGACGUAGUUAUAUUCUUCCAUAACUUAUUAUCUGAGGACUCUAAAAGACUUAAAGGAAACCAAAACCUUAAGGAACCCGAAACGAACUGCUCUUUUCUGAACUUGUCAAUUUUGGAAAGAUACUUAUCAUAACUAGAAACACUCAGUACUGAAAUGCCAUAAGUAAAAAUAGGUAUAAUCAAACUAUGGAAGAGGUGCUGUAGAAAGUCUAGACUAUAGCCAGGUUUCUUGCACACUCGUAAUAUGUGUAUACGCCUCCCUGCUUUGCUAAGAACGGCAUCAAUUUGCUUGUCCCGAUUUCUAGGAUUACUAUGAAGGCAAACACCUAAAAGCCUAAGAAAUUCUUCCUGAUUGAUAUCAAAAGUGAUAGUGGGGAGGGGUCUCUCAACGUUACCCUUAACAACCAUCUCCUUAGUUUUAGUAAGGUUUAUAGUCAUAAGGUUGUCCAGGGCCCAACUGAGUAUUUUGCACCUCUUGGGGAGCUUGGUCCAAGUAUAGUGCCCUAAGGCACACCUCUGUUUAUAGGCUUAAAGGGGGGUCGUGUCACCGUCAGCUAUAAUUACUCUUUGUUGUCUAUUAAUUAAAAAAUUAAUCAUCCAAUUAACAAUGUAGGGAUUCAUGGGCAAUUAUGAAGUGAUUCACUGAGUCAAAAGCCUUGGAGAAAUCAAAGGCAAAAACCCUAACGCCCUGACGUAAUCUUCUUCUUUAGUGUCAAGCCAUUUAAGCCACAUGUGUUGGCUUUUAAUGAGAGCCUCGGAAGUAUUCGUACCUUCCCUAUAUGCAAAUUAAUCUAGCAAUAGAUAGGAUCUAAUUACAGGCUUAACUUCUUAACUUAAUUUGAAAGCAAAGAGAAUUCAAACCUUAGAAAAUGCAUUCAGUACUUAGGACACCAUUCCAAGGCUACAUGCCAAAAAUCAGCCAAAUCGAUGAGGUACCCGGUGUCAGGCCAAAGUUCGAAUUUUACAGAAAAUCACUCUUAACACUUAGAUCUACAGUUUCGCAUAGGUUACUGAAUUGGUUUAAGCCUUUAAGCGUUAACAAAGUUUUUUCCCAAGCAGGGACGUCUAAAUCCAUGGAAGUUUAAGACGUAGAUUUUUUUCCUUUUAGAAACCUUUGGCGCAACUUUCAGGGACGUUGUCGGAGGCUCGCAUCUUCACUGCAGAUACUUGUAAGAUUUUAGUAUUAAAAUGCCUGACAACAGUUAUUAACAGCUAACCGUUUAAAGGGGCUACGUCGCGGGGAUGUGUUGCUGUAAAGUUCAGUACGUUUACCCAUACACAAAAUGCUCCUUUAGAGUUAAGAAUUUCAUCAGGGAGCACUUAUUAUGAUCGGUUUUGGGUGAUUUUUGCAUAAUAGCAUUAAAACGUUAUUUCAAGUUUCAAGCCAUGUUUAUGCGCUGGUUAUCCAUAAAAAACAGACGAUAGGAAACAGCUCCAAUGCUUAAAUAGUCUUAAAAGACAAAUCUGGACCAUUAGCGGUUAUAGAAUUCGAUUGGUGCGAAACCUGAUCGGUUUAGAUUUUCAACUGAGAGAUGGGAAAUAGCACAACUUCGCCCCUUUAAGCCCUGGUUAACAUGCAGUUUGAACAUAUUUUAAUCUUUUAGUUACCUUUUUUGCUAGGGCUGUCUGACCUUGAGAACGAUGAAGCAUUUAAAGAUUUCAAGUCUGAGCAGGGCCUAUUGGAAGUAAAGCAACGUGGUGCCUAUUACAUCUAUGCUCAAGUGUUUUUUGAAAUCUACCAAGACGGCCCUGAAUAUCACAACCGUGUGGCAAUAACUGUAAAUGGAAAACCAUUUGCCUUGAUGCAAACAGGCCUCGGAAACAAAGCUGACUAUGGCAGCGUUUACACAGGUGGAGUUAUCCGGCUGAAAAAGGGCGAUAAGAUCGGCUUGAAAACCGUUUACGAAAGCAGGUUGUGGCUGUCAGCUAAACAUACCUUCCUCGGUGCAUAU